AUGCUUCAGACUCUGAGAGACAUUACGCAAUCUCUACGAGAUCAAAAGCAGUAUAUUAAUGAGAUCUUCACCAAAACUUACAAUUUGGAACAGAAAUGGGGACAGGGAGCUCCACAAGGAGGUGGAGGCGGAGGCGGUGGAGUAGACCACACUAUGCACCAGAAGGUUGACAGUCUACUGAAUGAAGUACGAUCGGUUAGAGCCAAUCAGUUACAGCAGAGUGGCGGAGGAGGUUCCGUUGCCUGUCCAAACAUCGCAUGCCUGUCGUCGAGUUUAUUCCUCGCUGUGAUAUUCAUCCAAGGACUUAUCAUCGUGGUUAUGAUAUUCGUCAGAAGCAAACCCGACAAGGCAAAGUUCUACUAG